AUGAGUCCGCUGUGGUGGCUCCUGACUGCUGCCCUGAUUGUGAUGACAACAGCAGCAAACGAGGAGGACCAGAGAAAGUGUUCUCUGUUUGAUUCUAUAUCGUGGGUCUACAUGUUUCCUUCCAGGCCCUGUCAAGACCCAUUACCCAUGGCCACCUUUACGCUGCGCCUGGGCUUUGCCAACCAAGUCUUUACCGCACCCUCUGUUACAGACACGGUCGCCUUGGUGUGUCAAAUGAAUCGCCACGUCCAACAACGACUUCGCAACCGAACACAAGACCCGCUGCUCCAAUCGGCACUCGAACAAAUCGCAUUCUCUUCCGAACUGGAUGCCAGCAACCUGUUGCCCACGUGGGAACUCCAGUUCCAAGUCACGGCCACCUUUGGGUACAACGGCAAGACCAUUUCUCCGUGGACCAUUGUUCGCGUCUUGGACCUGGCUCCGGAUGACAUUCGACAUGUCCUGAGAGAAUAUGUGAGGCCUUUGGUGGACACGGUCUUUCCCCAAACGCAAACGCUCGUGUUGGAAAGUCAACUACUACAAUCAUCCACACCCGACAACAACAACGCAACCACAACAACCGUAGUAUGGGACACGAUGCCGCAAGUGUGUCCUCCUCCGCCAUCUCCCGUGAGCAAUAUUUUUGGGCGUUUGACGGCCGUUCCAGGACGAGCCAUUGAAAAUGAACGACAAGGAGUCUUCGAUUCCACACUAACCACUCCUCCAAAGGAUGGUGGAAUGACUUUGAACGACCACAGCAGGGCUAGAAAUAACAACAACAACAACAACAACACUCCUCUAUCCGACAGUAUGUUUCAACGAAACCAUCGAGUCGCCGUCACACUAUCCUUUUGGAUUGCCAACCAUCGAGGCAUUACCAACGCGACGUGGAUUUCAUCCGAAUGGAUGGAACCGUCCUUUUCCCGGCUGGUUGAUCUCGCCGUUGCCGUUACCACCACCACGGCAUCCCUCGCCGCCACGGUGCCUCGGGUCGUCCCGCACAGUGCCACGGUCGUUCAAGUGACGUCCACAGCAUGUCCACUUUCAGACGAAUGGCACUGUCACAAAGUAGUCGGGCAAUACGAGUUGACGGUACAACAAGUGGGCAUUCCCCUGCCAGUCGACCCCGCACGGUACACUCAUGCCAUGCGUCGAGCGAUACAAAUGGGUGUCUACGAACAGGAUAUUUUGCAGCAAGACGGUGUGCGGGUGGCCAAUGAGCUGGAAGGACUACUACCGGUGCUCCUUGACAACGGCACGACCAUCGAUGUCAACAACAACAACGAUUCGAUUUCUGGAGUAGAGACCAAACAUGACAUGGCCGCCAUUGUCAUCCCGGUCAUCGUUGUGCUCGUACUCGUACUACUGGCAGUCUUGGUAUAUCUACGACUGCGUGUACGUCGGAAAUUGCAACUCCUUCAACGACAACGAGAGACCGCAUUGUGGGAAAUGGAAGCAUUCUUGUUGCCGCCUUCUUCACCGUUGGAAGAGUAUCUCGAGCCGUCUCGAAGCAAAAUUCAUGGGUUGGAAUGGGAAGAAACUGUUUGAGUGUGGGGGCUAGCUAGAGAUGAGGGGCAGUGUGUAUUACUACUAAUUGUUAGGGGUUACAGUUUCCUGCAGGAAACGAACGGACAUGUCAAGUCGGGACUACGCCAAGGCGUUCCAUGGCCGCAAGAGGAGGGCGACCAAAUUCCGCCGAGAGCCCGGAUGUACAAGUGCUUCCCCACGGGGAUCGCCCGCAAGAGGAAGGCGACUCGAGUUCGCCCUCUGGGCGGUUGGAUCGCCAGCUCAAGUUCCGCCCUCUGGACGGAUGUACAAAUGCUUCCCCAAGCCAAAAACCGUUCACGCGAGUGCCAUUGGUCCAACUUAAAAAGGACAAGACGUCAAUGGUGCGCGGUAAGGACAAGACGUCAAUGAGGCCCGGUAUCUAUGAUAGGCAGGUACGGUAGGGUAUCUUGCGAACGGCGUCGCCUUGCGGUUCGGCGACCGCCUUCUGAGGUUGGUGCCUCGACCAAAGGCACCAACGAGAAAAUGUAUAAUAUACAUAAUAAAGUAGACAUUCAUAAUCCAGCCAUGCCGGAGGCUGGCUAUCUGUAUCUAGGCUCUACUCGGAGGCAGCAAAUGUGCAUUGGGUCUACCGGUGCAGUAGCUAUUAAUUAAUAGUGUGGCGUCCAAACCGGC